GCCGGGACACGGCUGUACCAGGAAGAGAAAUGCGUUUAACGCAAAAUCCGUAUUCGAGUGUUAUGUAGAUAACAGCUUCGACAGCGUGAAAUAUCACAGCAUUACUGCAUGGAUGGAGAGAAUUGGCGUUGGCGACUAAACUGGUCUUCGUCUUAAAUUUGGGGAAAACGGUAGCGAUGGAGCUAACCAGCUGCUUUCAACCCCGGAAGUUUUGUGUAGCCUUGUAGCCAGUUAGCUUUGAACUUGCUUCACUGGUUCUACUAAACGUUUCUCUUUCCUUAUGAUGAGGUGGCACGCGUGUCAGUUUUGCGUACCGUCACCCAGCCAGCUGUCUCUUCCGUAUUUUGGUAAAUGAAUAACAUAAUGAUGUUUGGACAUUGUAGCUAGUGGUCAUGGCUGGCUGUCCAGCUUCUUUACAGGCCACUUAAUAGCCUGAGAGCAGAGGCGCGUUUCAGUCCUCUGAUGCUUUCCACGAAUCGACACCAAUUUGCCUACUGUCUUUAGUUCAGGUGGCUACAGACACAAUGAGUUCCAAAUUCAGCUUAAUCAACUAUAACUCCCGAAAGCACAUCUCCAUCUCUAUACCCUCCUCCACUGAGGCGAUGUCCCCGCAUAUCAAAUCCGUAGAGGAGCUCAGAGUGCUAGGGGUGAACCUGAGCAGUUUCAACAUUCCCACACAGUUCUUCAUCUGCGUGACAGGAGUGUUUCUCUUUUACCUCAUGUAUGGGUACCUUCAGGAGCUUAUUUUCUCAGUAGAGGGUUUUAAACCCUUUGGCUGGUACCUUACUCUGGUUCAGUUUGGGUUCUAUUCCAUGUUUGGCCUGAUAGAGCUGCAGCUUACUCAGGACAAGAGGAGAAGGAUCCCAGGAAAGACAUACAUGAUCAUAGCAUUUCUAACAGUCGGGACCAUGGGCCUCUCCAAUACAUCACUGGGAUACUUGAACUACCCAACGCAAGUCAUCUUCAAAUGCUGCAAACUCAUUCCAGUUAUGAUUGGAGGAGUUUUCAUACAAGGGAAACGGCACAAUUUUGCAGACGUGAUAGCUGCUCUGUGCAUGAGUCUUGGCCUCGUCUGGUUUACUCUGGCCGACAGCAAGGUUGCCCCAAACUUCAAUGUGACAGGGGUUAUCCUUAUCUCCCUGGCACUUUGUGCUGAUGCUGCUAUUGGAAAUGUGCAGGAAAAAGCCAUGAAGCUGCACAAUGGAUCAAACUCAGAAAUGGUGUUGUAUUCCUAUUCUAUUGGGUUCGUGUACAUUCUGCUGGGCCUUCUGUGUAUGGGAGGGCUGGGACCUGCUGUGGCCUUCUGUGCUCAGAAUCCAGUGACCACAUAUGGCUAUGCGUUCUUCUUUUCUUUGACGGGUUACUUUGGCAUCUCCUUUGUUCUGGCUUUGAUAAAGCUUUUUGGUGCUCUAGUUGCAGUCACAGUGACCACAGGAAGAAAGGCCAUGACGAUUGUCUUGUCUUUUUUGUUCUUCUCUAAACCUUUCACUUUUCAGUAUGUGUGGGGAGGCCUAUUGGUGGUCUUUGGGAUCUUCCUUAAUGUCUACAGCAAAAACAAGGAAAAAAUGAAGCUUCCUCCACUGGCAGAGUUAUGGAAACGAGUGCUCAGCAGCAGGAAAGGCCGAUUGCUCUCUCAGACUGUGUAAAUUACUGACCUCUGACCAAACUUUAUGGCCUUUUCCACCCAGUUACACCAGUGUUGUGGGAACAGUCAGACCUCCACACAUUUAACAAGGACUUGAUAACAUGAAGUCUGGCGAAGUUGGCUGACUGGAGAGGACUCGGACUGUGUAGCAGCAGAAGUGUUACUAAUCAUGUGCGAACUGGAGUUUGAUGAAAAGGAAUCAUUAUCAUUUGUUUUUCACCUGAGUGUGCCACUAGCUGAUGGCAUCUUUUCUCACAAAAGUUUGUCAUUUUCUAUUCUCUUUUUUUCUGUUCUUUUUUUCAUCUGGGAUUGAACAAUAUAACUGCAAGUAUCAUUACUUUUUCUUUAAAAGGCUGAUGUUUGACAGUGUAUGUCAACUGCCAUAUUUGCUAUCCAUUUAUUUGGUGAAAGGGUAGCUCUUUUUACAUUAAAAACAAACAGAGAAGUUUA